GUAAAAUACACGAACGUUGAGGGCCUGUUCAUGUAAUUUACGCAGGGAGAUUAAAUGUGCCGCCUCCCCCGAGUUUGGAAAAGGCACCGUUAGCUUUCCUUAUCGGCCAUCCGACGACGGCGACGCUAAGCAAGCAACCGCCUGUGUGUUUGAGUCACUCUUGCCCUCUCUCCUCCUCCUCUCGUUGCUUCGCUCCCAUUUCGCAGAUCCGAACGCCUCCGAAGUCGCCUGCCGUCCUCUUGCUGAGGAAACCCCAAAUCCGACGGCGAUCACCGUUGCACGGGCGCAGACGUGAGUUACGUUUUCGCGCUGCCUCUCUUUUUCUGCUCUUCUUUUCGCAUCCUUCCGUUGCUCCGUCGCCAUUCCGCCCGUUUCCUAGCUCGGUGGCGCGAUCUGCCCCCUUCUCCUUUCACUCACAUCGAUGGAGCUUCGAUGGAGAGAGUAGUUCGGAAAAGCUGGGGCCUCGGAGUGGGGUGUAGGGACUCGAGAUUUGGCUUGGGGAGAGGUUUGGUGGCAGAGAAACAUGAAUCGGAGCCUUAGGGCAGCGGUGGCGCCGUCUCCCGGGCGGACUAUGACAAAACAGGCGGACGAGGAGCUCGCCCUAUUUCUCGAGAUGCGGAAGCUGGAGAAGGAGCAAAACAACCUUCUUCUUCACAGCACCGCUGAACUCGAUCCCCCGUUGGGGUCUAAACCUGGGACCGCUCCUAUAUUCAAGAUCGCCUCAUCGGCGCCGGCACGCGAGGCCGGGAUUGGUGACUUCCUAAAUUCCGACAGUGAAAAAAAUGACUAUGACUGGCUUCUUACACCACCGGGUACUCCACUCUUUCCAUCUCUGGAUACCGAAUCAAAAAGAUCCCCUGUAAGUAGCACCGGGACUCCAAAAAAUCGUUCUACAUUGCAAAAAUCCAGGUUAGCAAAUGCUCCAGAUCCUUCAAGGAAUGCAGCAUCAAGGCAGCCAACAACAUCAUCUGGUCUUAAUUCGUCUACUGUGGGAACUCGCAGACCGUCAUCAUCUGGUGGUCCUACUCAUAGUGCAUCUAGACCUGUAACUCCAAAUGGACGCCCUACAUUAACUGCAGCUUCAAAACCUACCAGAGCUUCCACUCCCACUUCACGAAAUGCUUUACCUUCAAAGUCAUGUGCUCCUCCACCACGAUCAUCAACACCUGUUAGAUAUUCUACACAAACAUCUAGGUCAUCUGUACCUGCAGCGAGCAAGACUGCAUCAAGGUCAGCUACUCCUACAAGACGACCUUCUGCCAUAUCUGCUGUUCCUUCCAGCUCUGCUCCAUCAAGUCGAUCAUCUUCUGUCGCAAGGUCAGGUUCAACAGUAUCUAAAGGUUCAACACCAUGUGGAAGCUCUUCAGCCAUAAAACCUAGAUCACUGAAACCCUCAUGUACCCCUGGUUCUUCUCAUGAUGCACCCUCAAACUCACACACAUCAUUGCCUGAGAGGCCCUCGGCUUCUCGAGGUAGACCUGGAGCACCCAACAUUCGAUCAUCUUCUGUUGAGCCUGGACCAAAUGUCCGACCAAGGCGGCAGUCUUGUUCUCCAUCCAGAGGGCGUGUUCCAAAUGGUAAUGUUCAUAAAGGCAGUUCUGUUCCACCAUCAAGCAGACCACAUGCAAAUGCCAAUGACAACAUGAACCCUGUUCUAAUUGGAAAUAAGAUGGUUGAACGGAUAGUGAACAUGAGAAGACUUGUGCCUCCAAAGCAAGAUGACCAACGAUCAAGCCAUAAUAACCUCUCUGGCAAGUCUUCUCUCACACCAGAUAGCACUGGCUUUGGGAGGACACUGUCAAAGAAAUCGCUGGAUAUGGCAUUGAGGCAUAUGAUAUAUUUGCAAACGCAGGAUAUAAGGCGGAGUGUUCCCAACAGUUCGAGACCAUCCAUGACAAAUGUUCCAGCUUUAUCUGUGUAUGUGAGGUCAGGACCCACAAGAAGCAGAACAGUUGGUGUCUCUGACUCUCCUCUUGCCACAAGCAGCACGGCAAGUUCCGAACAUAGUGUCAAUAACAACACGAUCUGUCUUGAUGGGAAUGAAAUCGAAGAUGAUCUUACUAGUGAGAAAGGAGGCAGGUGCUCGCCUGCUGUUUUCAUUGCCAGAUGACCACCACAUGGAAGAGUUACAUUCUUGCUAUUGAACACAUUAGUUUUCCUAUGAUUUGUCAUCAUGGUAAAGGCCUCUUUUCGAUGUGACCUGAUGAUAUAUUUACUUCAUCUUUGAUCUUGUUGGUGGUAUUUAGGUUUCUAAUGUCAAAAAUACCAGGCCCUCCUGUAUGUGUAGAGGUAAUUGCUCAACAUUUGGCUUGCAGCUCUUUUGAUAAGUUAUAUUAUAGAUUUCCAAGCCUACCACAUUUCAAUGCUCCUUUAGCAGACUUCCAACAUUUUAGUGUGUAGAAUUGCUACCUUGCACAGCUUUUCUCGUGUAUUUUUGGAAGAGCUGGGCAGGGAAGUCUUUGUAUUAACUAGGCUUUUCUUCUUGGGGUUUGCAUCUAUUAUCUUUUGGUAGACGAUAAAGUAGAUGAAUUUUUCCAAACUGACCUCGAAGGGGCACUUGGAUGG